UGUUCAGUAGGUGACGACGAUUGUGGCGGUACACUGCUCCUUCUGCAGUGCAGACGCGAUAUGAACAUUCAGUGUCAGCUGGCUGGAUGACGACUGCUGGCUUCCAGAGGCCAUGCUCCUGGAUUGUAACUGACUCUCCGUCGUUCAGUGGUGGCAGUGGUCUGGCUGACCUGUCGUAGUAUCGCUUUUGUUGUUGAUGUCUAUGUGCACGUUUUUCAUGCAUUUCCUUGUAGCUGAUGACCUCAGGUUGCAGUUGCUGGUUGGUGCUGGGAAGGAUUGAGCGAAGACCGCGGCUCAUCAACAGCUGGGCUGGUGAUUUGAAGUUGUCAACUGGAGUGUUGUGGUAUUCAAGGAGACUGAGGCUAACAAGGAGAGCAGCAGAUGACGACGCGAUGUCAUUACGGAGAGUAAAUGUGGCCAUCCUUGUGCUGCUGGCAGUAGCAUUUCUGAUCAUCGUGCAACGGAAUCUCCUGAAUCUCAAUGACUUCCUUAGAAGUGAGAAUCCAGAUGCAGUGCCAGGUAUGAUUCUGCCAUUUGAGUCUGAGUUUUCUCCUGAGCUCAGACCAGACCUUGUGAGAACUGGGGAGAAGAUCCCAGUGGUCAUUACUGCUGCAGAGGAGAGACUGGGAGCUGUGGUAGCUGCCAUGAACAGUGUCUACCAGAACAGCAAAGCCAACAUUGUGUUCAACAUUGUGACCAUGAAUGACACUGUGGAUCACCUCAAAGUGUGGAUGACUAAGACUCAGCUUAACAAUGUCAAGCACAAGAUCAUCAUAUUUGAGCCACAACUUCUCAAUGGGAAGAUUACCAAAAAUCCUCAGAAGCUUGACUCUGUGAAACCGUUGACCUUUGCCAGAUUUUACAUGCCGGUAUUCAUACCAGAUGCAGAAAAGGCCAUUUAUUUGGAUGAUGACAUCAUUGUACAAGGGGACAUCCAAGAGCUUUUUGACACAAGCCUAAAGUCAGGUCACGCAGCUGCGUUCUCAGACGACUGUGAUUCUGCAUCCACAAAGGGCAUCGUUCGAGGGGCCGGGACCCAGAACAAUUACAUUGGCUUCCUGGACUUUAAAAAAGAGGCCAUCAAGAAGCUGGGCAUGAGGGCUAACACGUGUUCCUUUAAUCCCGGCGUGAUCGUGGCCAACCUGACGGAGUGGAAGCGUCAGAACAUCACCAACCAACUGGAACACUGGAUGGAGCUCAACGCACAAGAGGACCUCUACAGUAAGAACCUGGCAGAGAGUAUUACCACACCUCCCCUGCUCAUUGUUUUCUACAAACACCACUCCAGCAUCGACCCCAUGUGGCACGUCAGACACCUAGGGGCUACUGGUGCUGGAAACCGCUACUCUCCCCAGUUUGUGAAAGCUGCCAAACUCCUCCAUUGGAACGGACAUUACAAACCAUGGUCCAGGACCUCUUCAUUCACCGAAGUCUGGGACAAGUGGUAUAUUCAGGACCCCAUGCGUAAAUUCCAUCCAGUUCGGAAACAUGCAGGGGACAAGUAGACUAAAGCAGGGAUGUGACCAGACAACAGCUAGUCUGCCUCUACCUGUCUGUCCUCUCAAAGUGACUUCUCAGGAACCCUAACGUGAUGCAAGCCCAUUCCAGUGAUAUGUCUACUGUUUACCAUGCAGUGAUGAAGAUCUCAGGCAGAGACAGCGGCAUGUUACAGAUAGAAAUGUGUCAUACGAUACAUCUCAAUAGUCUAGUAGUGGUCUUAUUUCACAUCAGUUGAGAUGCGCCAAUGGUUCUAUGCUUAGCUUCAUGAGACAAGAUAAUCAUGUGCCUGUGUUCAGGAACGAGCCCUCUAACAAUUUGCCAAGAUUGCCUCUUUCCUUAGACUUUUACUUUGAUCCUUGUUCUGACAGAAUUAAUCUCUUUGUUACUGCUGGUUGUCUCGCACUUUAACUCUUUUGUAUAUCAGUACCACAACACUAAACUUUACACAACAAAUAGUUAUAAACAAGCUUGAAGCCUACUAUCCUUUCUCUUGAUUGCAUUUUGCAAAGGAUGGAUAUAAUGGUAUACAGAAACCACUAUGGUAUCAAUACAUGUGCAAUAGCAUGUGUCGAAUAGCUUAUUUACAUCAUUGACACUUAUCUAGAGUGCAUACAUUCUCAUACUGGUUGCCCGUGGGAAUCAAAACCACACGGGACCAACUCUUAUGGUUUUUAUUUUAAAGUAUUCUCAAACGCUACACGCCUCCUGAUAAUGUGGUGAUUGCUUACAGCUGUUACAAGUCAGUCAGGGCUUAUUUUUGUACUCUACUUUGUACAAAGGAUUAUUCUAGCAGAUAAAUAUUCAAAUUGUCAUCCUUUUGUAAAAAUCUUAAUAAAACCAAGUCAACUACC